AUGACCAAAUCUUGUUCGGUAACAGGAUGUGCCAAGAAUUUGUUAGCAUUUCAACACAGCCUUCCUAAAGACCCUUGACUCCUGCUUGAGUGGUUGCUGUUUCUUGCUGAGUGUAACAUUAAGCCUGGUGAAAAGUUUAAAAUUACUUCAGAAACGAGUAUCUGCAGGGCUCACUUUACAAAUGAGUGUUUCACCAAUUUCACUCAAGUGAAGAUGGGAUUUGCAAAAAAGGCUGAACUUGAAGUUCGACGUUGUACCGUUGGCGAAGGGUAAAGAAAAUAGCUAGCCUAUCUAGGCAAAUAUUCCUAACCCCGGUUGUUUACAUUGUACUUGUUUUGUUUAGGUGGAACACACGACGUCGGGUGUGACAAAAGAUGAGGGAUGUCAAUAUGAACCACCACCAGCAUGCAACAUUAUGGUACCAUCACCUCCAAGACCCGUUCUGGUACCGUUAAAACACAACGUGUCAACACAGGCUUAUUAUUACAGAGAAAAAAAUAAAAACAAAGGUGAGGCAUAUGGCUUGUAUCUUUUGUAGAAUAUUUUCCUUCUUUUCAAUUACAGCUGAAAUGAAUUGGUGUGUAGGGCAAUUCCUUGGUAGCGGAAUUGCGCUGAGACUAGGCUGUCGCGGUGACCAUAUUACCGCCACACCGGCAGUCACGAGUCAUGACCGCAGUCAAAUUCCCACAGAAUUGCCCUGAGACUAGGCUGUCGCGGUGAUCAUAUUACCACAGUCAAGGUAAUCCCAUCGAAAACUGCGCAAAUUAAUGCAGCUGAUGGGUAGCCUACCCAACUUGCUAACAGCCCUCUCUAAUGGCCUGGUACUCAGUGCUUUGUUGUCCCUUUAAUCACUCUCUAAACACUUCAUGAUUGAAUUUGAAUAAUCUGAAUGAUGAGGACAAAAUGGUGAAGGGGGUUAGAGGCAGGGCUUGCAACUAAUUAUUUCCCCCUCACCGUCCCGAAGUGCAAUUUCAACUGUCAAAUUGAACUUGAACCAUCCCAAAAUUAAAAUACUUGUUUUUUUGUUGUUUUGAUAUGCCAAAAUGGGUCUAGGUCAUUUGCGGUGCUUUUAAAGUAAUUGGUGUAUUUCUGAGACAGAUACAGACAGUCUAUAUUACAAACUUAAUUUGUUAAAAAAAAACUUUUUGCAUCUUAAUGAAAACAGACAAACAUCCAUUAUUGUUCAAUUAAUACAUUAUAAUUAUUAAUAAUCUAACCACAUGUACAGUUGAAGUCGGAAGUUUACAUACACUUAGGUUGGAGUCAUUAAAACUUGUUUUUCAACCACUCCACACAUUUCUUGUUAACAAACUAUAGUUUUGGCAAGUCGGUUAGGACAUCUACUUUGUGCACGACACAAGUAAUUUUUCCAACAAUUGUUUACAGACAGAUUAUUUCACUUAUAAUUCACUGUAUCACAAUUCCAGUUGGUCAGAAGUUGACAUACACUAAGUUGACUGUGCCUUUAAACGUCUUGGAAAAUUCCAGAAAAUGAUGUCAUGGCUUUAGAAGCUUCUGAUAGGCUAAUUGACAUCAUUUUAGUCAAUUGGAGGUGUAUCUGUGGAUGUAUUUCAAGGCCUACCUUAAAACUCAGUGCCUCUUUGCUUGACAUCAUGUGAAAAUCAAAAGAAAUCAGCCAAGACCUCAGAAAAAAAAUAGUAGACCUCCACAAGUCUGGUUCAUGCUUGGGAGCAAUUUCCAAAUGCCUGAAGGUACCACGUUCAUCUGUACAAACAAAACUACACGCCAUGGGACCACGCAGCCGUCAUACCGCUCAGGAAGGAGACGUGUUCUGUCUCCUAGAGAUGAACAUACUUUGGUGCGAAAAGUGCAAAUCAAUCCCAGAACAACAGCAAAUGACCUUGUGAAGAUGCUGGAGGAAACAGGUACAAAAGUAUCUAUAUCCACAGUAAAACGAGUCCUAUAUCGACAUAACCUGAAAGGCCGCUCAGCAAGGAAGAAGCCAUUGCUCCAAAACCGCCAUAAAAAAGCCAGACUACGGUUUGCAACUGCACAUGGGGACAAAGAUCGUACUUUUUGGAGAAAUGUCCUCUGUUCUGAUGAAACAAAAAUAGAACUGUUUGGCCAUAAUGACCAUCGUUAUGUUUGGAGGAAAAAGGGGGCGGCUUGCAAGCCGAAGAACACCAUCCCAACCGUGAAGAACGGGGAUGGCAGCAUCAUGCUGUGGGGGUGCUUUGCUGCAGGAGGGACUGGUGCACUUCACAAAAUAUAUGGCAUCAUGAGGAAGGAAAAUUAUGUGGAUAAAUUGAAGCAACAUCUCAAGACAUCAGUCAGGAAGUUAAAGCUUGGUCGCAAAUGGGUCUCCAAAUGGACAAUGAUCCCAAGCAUACUUCCAAAGUUGUGGCAAAAUGGCUUAAGGACAACAAAGUCAAGGUAUUGGAGUUGCCAUCACAAAGCCCUGACCUCAAUCCUAUAGAAAAUGUGUGGGCAAAACUGAAAAAGCGUGUGCGAGCAAGGAGGCCUACAAACCUGACUCAGUUACACCAGCUCUGUCAGGAGGAAUGGGCCAAAAUUCACCCAACUUAUUGUGGGAAGCUUGUGGAAGGCUACAUGAAACGUUUGACCCAAGUUAAACAAUUUAAUGGCAAUGCAACCAAAUACUAAUUGAAUGUAUGUAAACUUCUGACCCACUGGGAAUGUGAUUAAAUAAAUCACUCUCUACUAUUAUUCUGACAUUUCACAUUCUUAAAAUAAAGUGGUGAUCCUAACUGACCUAAGACAGGGAAUUUUUACUAGUAUUAAAUGUCAGGAAUUGUGAAAAACUGAGUUUAAAUGCAUUUGGCUAAGGUGUAUGUAAACUUCCGACUUCAUCUGUAUAUUAUCCAUGUUGUCGUUCAGCCACGACUCGGUGAAACAUAAGAUAUUACAGUUUUUAAUGUCCCGUUGGUAGGAUAGUCUUGAAUGGAGCUCAUCCAGUUUAUUCUCCCAAUGAUUGCACGUUGGCCAAUAGGACGGAUGGUAGAGGCGAGUUACCCACUCGCCGAUGAAUUAUCACAAGGCACCCGGACCUGCGUCCCCUUUAUCGGUGUCUUCUCUUCAUGCGAAUGACGGGGAUUUGGGCCUGGUCGGGUAUCUGGAGUAAAUCCUUCGCGUCCGACUCAAUAAAGAAAAUAUCUUUGCCCAGUUCGAUGUGAGUAAUCGCUGUUCUGAUAUCCAGAAGCUCUUUUCGGUCAUAAGAGAAGGUGGCAGAAAUAUUAUGUACAAAAUAAGUUACAAACAACGUGAAAAAACACACAAAAUAGCACAAUUGGUUAUGAGCUUGUAAAACGGCAGCCAUCUCCUCCGGCGCUAUUCUGGUCUUGAAGACCAACGUUAAUUUGCUUUGACUAUUUGUACAUUCUGAGAGACAGCAACCACAGUUAACUCGCUCUAGACUAACUUCUUGCUAGUUAUUUAUCAUCCCAUCCGAUUACAUACUACCUGUCAUGACUGCAUCAAACCGAGAGAAGCUAGCUAAUUGAGGCUAGCCUUAACUUUACUGCGUUUCUCACCUUCCUACAGUUAGCCUACAAAUAACAACAACUCCAUUCAUUUAUAAAUAGUAGCCUACCCGGCUUUUGGUCAUUGUAGCCUUUCCUUCUUAUUUCACUUUUAAUUCUGUGCAUCUUCCAUUGAUUAGAUAUCUUAUCUUGCUUGCCACACAAGCAGAGCAGCAAUUCAAUUUUCUCUCUCGCUCUCUCCACUGGAAGCUCAAUGAUCAGAGUGCAUGCCUUUUUCCAGAUCAUCAAUAUAGAGUCGCAACAUGCAGCCCAUAUGUUUUGAUUUCUAAGACAUUCUAAGGUUUGUGGGCAUAUCACAACUAAAUAAAUCAUGGCUUUUAUUGUGAUCGUGUAUAUUAAAUGGAUUUAUUCAACUUUUUGAAAUGUAGAUGUUCCAAAGGCGCGCAUCAGCAGCUUGCUAGAAGCCCAGAGAUGCUAAACGUCUAUGUUAAUUAAUGGUCAAUUAGUGAAGGUAAAGGGGAUACCUAGUCAGAUGCACAACUGAAUGCAUUCAACCGAAAUGUGUCUUCUCCAUUUAACUACAGAUGGGCAUGAGUAAUACAGUACUCGAACUGAUGUCAAAACUCGAUUUUUAACCAGGGAUCAAAUUUUUUCAAAUACUGUCUUGAAGACAACGUUAAUUUGCUUUGACUUUAGUGUUCUAUUUGUACAUGUGUAUUUGUGGGACGCAACAAGAAAACAAACCAAGCAUCACAGUUCUGCUCUCAAUCCCCUUUCCCCGCCGUGUCUCACUCAAUUGCGUUCCGACCGCUCCCUCUACACACGCCUGCUGGGUGCGCCUACAGAAAUAAAUGCCUAUGAAAAACUAAUCUAACUGAUGGGAUACACAAGCUACAUUCCUUGACAAAUGACCGUUUUAUCACAAAUUCUAAAUGGACUGGUUGACCGAAGUAGGGAAAUAUGUAUCCCAACAAGGAGCUGCAGUUUUGAAAUAAUUGCGUCAUUUUCUGCUUAGGACACACCGACUGCGUCAUUGCGUUUUGGUACACCAGAAGUACAUUCAUUUCCAAUGGAACGCUGCGUUUGCCUUGCAGCAUUGCGUUGCAGAGGCAGUUGCAGUGUGUUCUGUGUGGUGCAUACGUUGGAUUUAUCGAACGUAUGCGUCAAACUGUAUGGGUAAACGGGUUGACAGAAAUGGUAGCAGAAGGUGAAUGUUUUAAACUUUUGUUGCACACAUAUCUAGAUGAUGCUGCAUACUAUUUUGUGCAAUGACGCAGUCAGUGUGUUCAAAUCGUUAGGCUACAUUGCGGUUGUCACUAGUUACCACAGCACUGAAAAUAUGCAACAACAUUAGUUUGAUAAAGACAAAGAGUGUGUUUUCAUCAGAAUCAUUAAGCCUAGGCCUACUCAUCAAACUGAUGUCCUGGCCAUAAUUCAUCCACAUGCAGUGUUCAAUGUAGAAUUGUUCAUCCAUUUUGAAAAUUCAAAGGAACAGACAUAAUAAACUAAAUCGAACCUCUGUAUAUCGAAAAGACAGAUUUUGGUUUGUAACCUUGAAAAAAAAGUUUUUCUUCUUGCCAAAUUCAGCCCUGUUUCAAAUGAAACAUACUCCAGUACUCGAUUACUCGAUUUACACCCAUAAUAUAAUUGCGGUAACGGAAUUUCAUCAUGGGUCCCUGAUCUGUACUACACAGAAAUGCAUAAUUAUGGAUAUGAAUGGCAUUCUCUUCCAUGGUAAAGUAUCCUAAAUAGACACACAAAGGUAGAAAUAUGCAAUAUCCUCCUUUGCAUAUUUGGGUAUCAUUCUACAAACUGGCUAUUAUUUUAAGACCAAAUGCGUCCUCCGAAACACGACCCUGCCAUGCCGCACUGCUUCUUGACACACUGCCCACUUAACCCGGAAGCCAGCCACACCAAUGUGUUGGAGGAAACACUGUACAACUGGUGACCGAAGUCCGCGUGCAUGCGUCCGGCCCGCCACAAGGAGUCGCUAGAGCGCGAUGGGACAACGACAUCCCAGCCGGCCAAACCCUCCCCACUACAGACCCUCCCGGUCGCGGCCAGCUGCGGCCCAGCCUGGGAUCGAACCCAGUUCUGUAGUGACGCUUCUAGCACUACGAUGCAGUGCCUUAGACCGCUGCGCCACUCGGGAGGCCCGCACUACUUCAGUACUUUAGACACUAGAACAUGAAAAAGGGCUCGUUUAUUUUAUUUUACUUUUGGUACUUCUGUCAAAUGUAUCUCCCAUGCCUGCUCCACUUAGCCUGCACUGGGAGUCUGGGCUGUAUCAUGUUAGCUCCCCACUCAUGCUGCACACAAGUUAACACACUUGAAUAAUCCGACACGGCAUGUAGAAAUGUUGAAACUGUUAAUUACUGUUCGCAAAACAAUGUCCAUACAGGCUAGAACACUUUACAAUGGUGACAUUAAUUGGAGGGAGAGAGAGGGGGAGGGGUUGUCCAGACUUUUCACACUCUUGCUUUGACCACCAGACAACAGAAAGAUAAAAGAAAAUGGUUAUUAGCUGAACAUAACAGUAUGCCAGUGGAAGGGAGGACAGUUGCAGGUGACCCAACUGUGGUUUGUGAAUACUAUGAUUUCCCAUUGUAGCCAAUUCAACUGCAGAAAUUGGUAAGAUAAUUUUGAGUUUAAAGGUGCAAUAUGCCAUUUCCUGGUUGCUAUAAUCUAUGAAUUUCACAUGACUGUGAAUACAGAUAUGCAUCUGUUGGUCACAGAUACCAGAAAAGCAGUCAGUAUCUGGUGUGACCACCAUUUGCCUCAUACAGCGCAACACAUCUCCUUCGCAUAGAGUUGAUCAGGCUGUUGAUUGUGGCCUGUGGAAUGUUGUCCCACUCCUCUUCAACGGCUGUGCGAAGUUGCUGGAUAUUGGUGGGAACUGGAACACGCUGUCGUACACUUUCAUCCAGAGCAUCCCAAACAUGCUCAAUGGGUGACAUGUCUGGUGAGUAUGCAGGCCAUGGAAGAACAUUUUCAGCUUCCAGGAAUUGUGUACAGAUCCUUGCGACAUGGGGCUUUGCAUUAUCAUGCUGAAACAUGAGGUGAAUACGGCGGAUGAAUGGCACGACAAUGGGCCUCAGGAUCUCUGUGCAAUCAAAUUGCCAUUGAUAAAAUGCAAUUGUCUUAGUUGUCUGUAGCUUAUGCCUGCCCUUACCAUAACCUCACCAUGGGGCACUCCGCUUGCCCACACGACGUCAUACACAAUGUCUGCCAUCUACAGUUGAAACCGGGAUUCAUCCGUGAAGAGCACACUUCUCCAGCGUGCCAGUGGCCAUUGAAGGUGAGUAUUUGCAUCCCUGAAGUCGGUUACGAUGUUGAGCUGCAGUCAGGUCAAGACCCUGGUGAGGACGGCGAGCACGCAGAUUAGCUUCCCUGAGACGGUUUCUGACAGUUUGUGCAGAAAUUAUUUGGUUGUGCAAACCCACAGUUUCAUCAGCUGUCCAGGUGGCUGGUCUCAGACGAUCCCGCAGGUGAAGAAGCCGGAUGUGGAGGUCCUGGGCUGGCGUGGUUACACGUGGUCUGCGGUUGUGAGGCUGGUUGGACAUACUGCCAAAUUCUCUAAAACGACUUUGAAAGCAUCUAAUGGUUGAGAAAUGAACAUUCAAUUCUCUGGCAACAGCUCUGGUGGACAUUCCUGCAGUCAUCAUGCCAAUUGCACGCUACCUCAAAACUUGAGACAUGUGUGGCAUUGUGUUGUGUGACUAAACUGCACAAGGUGCACCUGUGUAAUGAUCAUGCUGUUUAACCAGCUUCUUGAUAUGCCACACCUGUCAGGUGGAUGGAUUAUCUUGGCAAAGGAGAAAUGCUCACUAACAGGGAUGUAAACAAAUCUGUGCACAAAAUUGGAGAGAAAAAAGCUUUUUGAGCGACUGGAAAAUGUCUGGGAUCUUUUAUUUCAGCUCAUGAAACAUGUGACCAACACUGUGUUUAUAUUUUUGUUCAGUAUAAAUAUGUGUAUUAGUUGGCAGGGGUCUUUACUUCAACAUUGUGCUUUGAUGUAUUUCUAGUACCGUAACACUUUUUCAAAGACCCCUUUUCCAUCUGUUUGGCAAGAAAUCAAAGCCUUUGCUUAUUCAAAUUUUUUGGGAUGGAAAAUGGUUGGAAAAUGUACAGUGAGGGAAAAAAGUAUUUGAUCCCCUGCUGAUUUUGUACGUUUGCCCACUGACAAAGAAAUUAUCAGUCUAUCAUUUUAAUGGUAGGUUUAUUUGAACAGUGAGAGACAGAAUAACAACAGAAACAUCUAGAAAAACGCAUGUCAAAAAUGUUAUAAAUUGAUUUGCAUUUUAAUGAGGGAAAUAAGUACUAAGUAAGUAGCAGAGGUCAGACGUUUCUUGUAGUUGGCCACCAGGUUUGCACACAUCUCAGGAGGGAUUUUGUCCCACUCCUCUUUGCAGAUCUUCUCCAAGUCAUUAAGGUUUCGAGGCUGAUGUUUGGCAACUCGAACCUUCAGCUCCCUCCACAGAUUUUCUAUGGGAUUAAGGUCUGGAGACUGGCUAGGCCACUCCAGGACCUUAAUGUGCUUCUUCUUGAGCCACUCCUUUGUUGCCUUGGCCGUGUGUUUUGGGUCAUUGUCAUGCUGGAACACCCAUCCACGACCCAUUUUCGAUGCCCUGGCUGAGGGAAGGAGGUUCUCACCCAAGAUUUGACGGUACAUGGCCCUUUGAUGCGGUGAAGUUGUCCUGUCCCCUUAGCAGAAAAACACCCCCAAAGCAUAAUGUUUCCACCUCCAUGUUUGACGGUGGGGAUGGUGUUCUUGGGGUCAUAGGCAGCAUUCCUCCUCCAAACACAGCGAGUUGAGUUGAUGCCAAAGAGCUCCAUUUUGGUCUCAUCUGACCACAAUACUUUCAUCCAGUUCUCCUCUGAAUCAUUCAGAUGUUCAUUGGCAAAUUUCAGACGGGCAUGUAUCUGUGCUUUCUUGAGCAGGGGGACCUUGCGGGCGCUGCAGGAUUUCAGUCCUUCACGGCGUAGUGUGUUACCAAUUGUUUUAUUGGUGACUAUGGUCCCAGCUACCUUGAGAUCAUUGACAAUAUCCUCCUGUGUAGUUCUGGGCUGAUUCCUCACCGAUCUCAUGAUCAUUGCAACUCCACGAGGUGAGAUCUUGCAUGGAGCCCCAGGCAGAGGGAGAUUGACAGUUAUUUUGUGUUUCUUCCAUUUGCAAAUAAUCGCACCAACUGUUGUCACCAAGCUGCUUGGCGAUGGUCUUGUAGCCCAUUCCAGCCUUGUGUAUGUCUACAAUCUUGUCCCUGACAUCCUUAGAGAGCUCUUUGGUCUUGGCCAUGGUGGAGAGUUUGGAAUCUGAUUGAUUGAUUGAUUGCUUCUGUGACAGGUGUCUUUUAUACAGGUAACAAACUGAGAUUAGGAGCACUCCCUUUAAGAGUGUGCUCCUAAUCUCAGCUUGUUACCUGUAUAAAAGACACCUGGGAGCCAGAAAUCUUUCUGAUUGAGAGGGGGUCAUAUUUAUUUCCCUCAUUAAAAUGCAAAUCAAUUUAUAACAUUUUUGACAUGUGUUUUUCUGGAUUUUUUUGUUGUUAUUCUGUCUCUCACUGUUCAAAUAAACCUACCAUUAAAAUGAUAGACUCAUCGUUUCUUUGUCAAUGGGCAAACAUACAAAAUCAGCAGGGGAUCAAAUACUUUUUUCCCUCACUGUAUAUAUGCCUUAAGUUCUCAGACAUAUAGAUUCAACUUUCAUUUGACACCCAAUUCAACAUGCUCCUAUGAACUUCACGUUGGUGCUUAUGGGUCCUUUUACAUGGAAAUGACCUGUAACAUGCUACUGUAUUUGUUUUGUAUUUGAUUUACAGCCAUCCAAGUGCAGCCAAUUCAGAAGAAUGUCGGAGUCAAUACUAGGUUUACGGAGGACAUACCACACAGGGAAGUGAACAGGUAUAAACUUUCAUUUUACUUUAAGUAGCCCGUGGCAAACUAUUCUAAAUCAAUUGGCUAAUGACUUAGGCCACCUGUCCUCCUAAUCUAUGAGCGACUGUUCAACUGAAAAUUGUCAUACAACUAUGCUUAAUUACUUUUGAACGGUCUCACUGUCCGGCCUGCUUGCGAAGCCCAAUCUGUAGUAACCUUUGAUAAAGAAAUAUAUCUUCUUCCAGUUUAAACUCUGUCACGGUGUACAUGGCGAGGAAGUACGUGGUCUACGAAGACUGCCUCCUUCCGUUGUUCAAGACUUGUCCGGUCUGUCGCGGCUCCUGCAGCAUCGACAAGUUCAUCCAUGACACCCUGCUCACCAUCAACCGGUUCUGCAACCACUGUGACCACCGGAGCCAAUGGAAGAGUCAGCCCUUUAACCUCCCAGCUGGAUACCUGACCUCCUCAGCAGCCAAAGUAUCAACUGGCACAACUGAUACUCCCACUGGCAUGUCAACUGGUACAUCCACUGAUGCUCAGACUGGCACCUCAACUGGCCCAACUGGUACCUUCAAUGCUCAGACCCUGAAGGUAGCAUUUUUUGUUUACAAUGCAUGAAUGCAAAAACACACAAGCCAUGAAAACAACAAACUUUUUAAAUGGGGAGGUGUUAGUCAAGUAAACCAGUAACCACAAUUGUCAUCAGCUAUGGCUAUGAUUUGUAAACUAAGUGAAAUCAGGAGGUUGGCAGUAUUUUUGUCCAUAGUCAAAAUAGGUUGAGAUGCAUUUGUCCAUAGAAUAUUACAUAUUUAGGGAGGUUCUGUGGGGUAUUGAGGUCCAUUUCUCAUCUGCAUUGUGUUUCUCUCUAGCCAGUAGUUAUGUGGAACUAUUGGUAUAAGAGUGCCAAUUGUAAGUACAUUGAAGAUUAUUACUGAUUCGUUGUAGCUAUUGCUCAUUAUUGUUCAUUGUCCUUGCAGACUGUGGAGGAAAGUGGUCUGUUGGAGAGUAAAGAUGGUGAUAUCUGCAACAAAGGUCUAGAGGACAUUCAAACCCUGGUGUUUGAGACGACUCUUUGUUUGGAUGACGAAGUUCACGACGACAAAUCCAUUAAGAAGAAACGUCAGUCAUUAGAGGAGGAGGAACAACAAGAGGUGGGGGAGGAAGAAAUGAAGGAGGAGGAGACUAGUGAGGAGGAGGAGGAGGAGAGCUCUGAUAGGGAGUGGGAACCUGAGGUGGAGUUAGGUGAACCUCUAGCCUCAGAUUCCGAAGGGGAGUCCCCGGCACUCUGCCCGGAUUGCGGCACGUUCACCAAAGGCUCCAAGGCACACGUCUGCGAGCACGUGAAGCCGUUCGUCUGCCAGGACUGUGGCAAGCGGUUCGUUAACGAGGUCUCUCUCAACAUUCACAGAAGAAUCCACAAGCCAGGCUACGUGCACGAGUGCAAGUACUGCCUCAAGCCGCUCCAAAGCAGGCCGGAGAAGCUGAGGCACGAGGAGAGCCACCCGCAUGUGGAAAAGCCCUAUGAAUGCCCCGACUGCCCCAAAAGAUUUAGUGACAUUAAAGCCAGAGACAGCCACAUUCAAGGCCACAGAGGGCCCACACAACACAUUUGCAACAUCUGUAAAAUGGAGUUCAACAAAAAACACAUCCUGGAAAGACACAUGCUAGUCCACAGCGGGGACAAGUCCUACACAUGCCCCGAGUGCCAGCGCUCCUUCAACCAAGCGAGCCAUCUCAAGUCCCACAUGCGCCUCCACACGGGCGAGCGGCCCUACAAGUGCCAGCAAUGUGACAAGUCCUUCAACCACAACGUGAGUCUGAAAAGCCACAUCCAGCGCUACCACCCAGGCCUUGGCUACGGGACCAAGGAGAAGGAAGAGGGACAGGAGCCCAUCUCAAACUCAGUGACUCAGACUGAACAACAGGUAAUGAUAGAGGAGAGUCGAAAGCCAAACGCAGAGACUGGGCAGAAGAGAGUGAAGAGGGCACUCAGGGCAGGGAGGAAGAGGAAACGACAGACCUUUGACCCUGAGGAGUUUGUGGAGAGUAAGAACAACAGUGACUCAGAAUUCAACCCAGAAGAGGAGGAGAGCGGGAGCAACAGUGACUCUGACUUCAACCCAGAAGAGGAGGAGAGCGGGAGCAAAAGGAGGACUACAGGUAGACCAAUAGGCAGACCGAAAGGGAGACCAGGGACCACCAGAAAGAUGCAUGCAAGAACUGUUGGUAAAGAGCUUGAUGGAUUGAACCUGAAUAAACACAAAUCUGCAAAACAGUGGGAGCUGGAGAAAGAGAGGCAGAGCGACCCAGUGGAGGAGAGAGGGAGCAAAAGGAAAGCCACAAGCAGCGGAAGAGGAAGGGGGAGAGGCAGGGGAAGACCAAAAACCAUUAGAGAGAUGCAUGAGGGAACUGCUUGCGAAGAGCUUGAUGGUUCUAACCUGAAUGAACAAGUACCAUCAAUAGAGACUGGUCUUUCUGAACUUUUAGAGAGUUGUAGGCCAAUUCAAAAUGUAUAUGAGGCUUUUGAACCGAUGCCAAAUUAA